AUGUCAGUAUCAAUGCGGAGAAUGCGUGUGAUAGAUAAAUGGAAACUUGACCAUAAAGAAUCUGCUAAAUUAAGUAGAUUUUUAGAUGGCAUUCAGUACACUUGCGGGAACUCUUUCAAAGGCUUAACCUCAGAAGUUCAACAAGAUGAGUUCUCGGGAUUAUUUUUAAAAGUAAAAGUCAAUGAUAAAUUAAAUUCGCAAAAUCCAAAUAGUCAAAAGGCAAAGAAAUGUUAA